AUGUCAGAAGAAAAGCAAAAAUCCAAUACAUCUAGAGCAAUUGGAAUUGAUCUUGGAACUACAUUUUCCUGUGUUGCAGGGUACAUAGGAGGAAAGGUGGAGAUCAUUACAAAUUCGGAUGGAGAAAGAACCACACCGUCUGUAGUGAGUUUUGACGAGAACGAUUGCACUGUUGUUGGAACAGCAGCAAAGAACAUGGCAGGGCUUGAUCCCACGUCAGUUCUGUUUGACUCUAAGCGAAUGAUUGGAAGAGAUUUUGACGAUCCGAAGAUCCAGAACAUGAUGAGUGGAUGGCCAUUCAAGAUUGUGAGAUACAACGGGCGUGAGAAGAAGGAGAUGCCUCACAAGGAUCCUUCUUCAACCAAUUCCUAUGACAACAUGGCAUACAAGUUCACGAAGAAUGGAAAGACCAAGUAUUACACACCUCCUGAGAUCAGCUCGAAGAUUCUGUCUAAUCUGAAGAAGGCAGCUGAGGCAAGGCUUGGAGGGCCUGUGGAUGCCAUGGUGGUGACAGUUCCUGCAUACUUUGAGGAUCCUCAGAAGGCAGCAACCAAGGCAGCAGCAACCAUUGCUGGGUUCAAUGAGGACAGAGUUAGACUCCUUGCAGAGCCAACAGCAGCAGCACUGGCAUAUGCCCACAUCCAGACACAGAAGAAUGCCAAUUUCUCUGCAAAGGAGGAUGUCCUUGUGUUUGAUCUUGGAGGAGGUACAUUCGAUGUAUCUGUGCUUGACUUUGAGUUCAAUGCAACCACAGGAACCUUCGGAAUUGUCAAGGCCAUUGACGGAGAUACAUUCCUCGGAGGCCAAGACUUUGACAAUCUAUUGAUCAACUACUGCAUUUCCGAGUUCCUUAAAAAGAAUCCUUCGAUCCAGAAGACUGAUCUCAAGGAGAGUGCUCUUCUCAGACUCAGGGCAGAGUGUACCAGAGUCAAGGCAGUUCUUAGUUCGGCAACAAGCAGCACAAUCUAUGUGCCUUGCUUCCACAUGACAGAUGACUUGAACGUACAGAUUACCCGUGCUAGAUUCGAACUUCUUUGCGACCAUCUCUUCAAGAAGUGCAUGGAAAGGACCAAGGGAUGUCUCUUGCGCUCUACAGGAGUUCCCUCUGUUGAGUACUCUUCUGAUGGAAACAAGCUCCUUUUGAAUCCUUCUCUUGAAAAGACAUUGAACGAAGCCAGAAACAACAUUAGUAAGGUUCUACUUGUGGGAGGAUCAUCGAGAAUCCCAAAGGUCAAGGCUCUGCUUGCAGAAUACUUUGGAGCACACAAGGUCAUUGAGCCUGUGAAUGCAGACGAGGCCGUUGCAUAUGGAGCAGCAUACCAAGCAGCAUCCAUAUACUCCGAUGCUGUGGAAGCAGGAUCAAGUCUUCUUCUCAUUGAUUGUGUUCCGCUGAACCUCUCGAUUGAGACUGCCGGAGGAGUUGCAACACCUCUAAUCAACUGCGGAGACAAUAUCCCAAUCAAGAAGACAGAGACCUUUACAACCUAUGAAGACAACCAAACAGCCGUAACAAUCAAUGUGCAUGAGGGAAACAGGCCGAUGUGCAAGGACAACAAGAGAAUUGGAACCUUCAACCUGGAUGGAAUCAUCCCAGGACCCCGUGGAACAGCUAAGAUUGAAGUUACUUUUGACGUUGAUCACAACGGAAUUCUUGUGGUUACUGCCGAGGACAAGCAGACCGGAAAGUCCAACAAGAUCACCGUAACAAACUCUCAGAACAGACUUAGUCAGGAGGAGAUCGAGAGGAUGGCCAAGGAGGCACGAGAUAACGAACAGCGUGACAACGAGGUCAAGGAGAAGAUGGGCAAGAGGAUGUCGUUCGACCAAGCCAUUUUCACAUUCAAGGGUCUUCUUGAAAAGGCCAACAUUUCUCAAGAGAAGAAGGACGAGUCUUUGAAUUUCAUCAAGGAGCAUGAAGAAUGGCUCUCAAAGGCACAAGGGCCUGAUGACUUCGAGGUGGAAGAGCUUGAGAGAAGAUCUAAUGAGCUCCAGAGCUUCAUGAACGAUAUCAUGAAGGAAUCUGGGAUGAGUGCACCAACAGCCUAA